AUGCCCGCGAUUCUCGAGAACGCCGCUCAAGGCACUGGAACGGAAGCCCGUUUACCGUUCCCACCAGUCACCAAAUCCCACAUCCUCCACUGCUCAUACCAUUACUGGCACCCACGGUUCCGAACGAUCACACCAAAGGCUCGCCUCAUACCUCUCACAGGGCCUUUCCUCAACUACCUCCGAGCCGACGGCAUCAUACUUCCCGACGACGACGAUUCGCACGAGCCUGAAUGGUCCUCCGACCACGACAGUGGCAUAUACUCAGCUUCGGAGAAUCCUGAUGCACUAGACGACGAAGAUGAAGAGGAAGAUGUGGCUGCAGAGUGGCGACAGGUACAUCAAGCAAUCAGAAGUACGAUUGACGAGCUUGGAGGACGGGUCGUGCCCAAAUUGAAUUGGUCAGCACCCAAGGACGCAACGUGGAUGAAUGCCAACACGAUGGAGUGUCGCACUGCAAACGACGUCUAUCUCCUUCUCAAGAGCUCAGACUUCGUCACGCACGACUUGGAGCAUGCUCUUGAAGAUUGCGUAGAUUCACCAGACUCCACCCUGACCAACGACGACAUACCCUACCAUCUUGUCCUUCGAAAGAGCGUUCCAAGCUGGAAUCCAUCCGUCGAGUUCAGAUGUUUCGUCAGAGAACGCAAGCUGCUCUGCAUCUGUCAGCGAGACCUCAACCACUUCGACUUUCUCUUCAAAAUGCAGGACAAGCUGCGGUCCCUGAUCAACGAGUUCUUCGAAGUUCGAUUGCGAGACUCGUUCCCUGACGAGAGCUUCACGUUCGACGUCUACAUACCGCAACCAUUCAACCGUGUCUGGCUCGUCGAUUUCAACCCAUGGGCACCGCGGACCGAUCCCCUACUAUUCAGCUGGAUGGAAAUCCUGGACAUGCCAGAGCCGGCAGAACCUUCCUCGAACGAGUUUGGAGAAGAAGAGUUUGUGAGGUUGUCGCUCAAUGCUAGGGCCGGAGGCAUGGAGGAGGGCAUUUCGAACGAGGAAGAGGACGAGGACCCGGAGGAUACAUCUGAUGAUGAAGAGGAAGAAGCAGAUGAAGAGCUAUGGCUGCCCGAGCUUCGACUUGUUUUGAAGACGGACCCAGAGGCCUACAACUUCAGCACCCAGCGAUACAGCGCCCAUAAGUUACCAAAGGACGUAGUUGACGCCAGUCAGAGUGGCGAGGGCUUGAGAGAGUUCGCCAGAGAUUGGCAGAAGAUUCUGGAGGAGAGGCAGAGAGAUGAUGCGGCAGCUGAGAGCAGUGGAGAUGACUGA